CCCGGGCGCCGCCAUCUUGGGCCGGUUCUCCGCACGCCACUCGGGUGAAUGGGUAGAUAUGAGAUUACCACGGCGGAGCAGCGGCAGCGGGGCACCCACGGCUGUUCUGCGCUGCCAGCCACGCUCGGCGGGCUCUAGGCACGGCCGGCGCCGCCCGGAGAGAACCCCCCGGCUCGGCCUUUCCGCCCCUAAGCUGCACUGCUGGAGGGACAAAGUUGGGCUGAGCCGCGCUGCCUCCGCCGCCCGGGAGACCGGGGAGCUGAGCCGGGGUCAGAGUUAGGGGAGAGGGCGAGCAGGGCAGCGCGCCCCGCUCCGCCGUGUGGGAGGCGCGGGGGGAAGGCGCUGCCUCCCCGCCCCUGCCGUGUCCUGCUGCUCCUCGCUCCGCGCAGGAAAAGGAAAAAGAGGAGGAAAAAAACGAGGCGACAACCGGAUCGAGCUCGGAGGGGUGGGUUUGGUGGAGGGUCCGUGUGAGCAGCGGCGGGGCGGCCAGGAGGAGAUGUGUCCGUGAGGAGCGUGGAUCCAUUCAGGACCCGUGAAUCUUGGAUCCAGCCCGGACCCUUGAGGAGCCUGGAUCCAGCCCGGCCCCGUGAGGAACGUGAAUCCAUCCCGGCCCCGUGAAUCCCGGAUCCAUCCAUCCUGUGAGGCACAGCCCCGCUCGCCUCCUCCCUUCCAAAGAAGCCCAGCUCUCCUGGAAGGAAGCUCGGCGCUCCGGCAAGGAUUUGCCACAAAGAAUAUACCACCCUCCUCCUCCUCCCCCAGCGCCUGGAUACUGCAUUUUUUUUAUUUUAUUUUUUUUUUCUCCUACCCCCCUCCCCAGUCGCUCCCGUGUGUUUAAAAACCAAAUAUAGCUUCUUUGCGGGGGGAAGGGAUGGAAAUCUCCUAGAAGGAUUGGAAAUCUUGCCGGGAUUCGGGAGUGCUGGAGAAGGACGGCGGAGCCGGGGGGAUGCGCUGCUCUCGCCGCCUGGCCAAGGACUAGAGCUUUGCCCCUUCCCAAGGGUUGGUUUGGUACCAAACUUGGUUUUUUCCUCCCUUUUCCUCGGCUGGGCUGCGCGAAAUCCCUCAGCGUUAUUAUAGAGAAAACCCACGUGUGGCUGGUUUUUAAGGCAGUUUUUUUAUCUUCUCGUCGAGGAACUGACAGAACUUCCUCCCUUCGCCCCGAGGUUUGGAACUGGAAUGGAGCUGCUUUUCUCCCAAACACUACAAGGUGUGUGAGGAGGGGGAGGCAGGACGAAAACAUCGUGUGGACUCAUCCCGCCCGACCCCCCGGCAUCCACGAGGGAUGAUCCUGCACGGCGCUUGAUGUGGAAAACACUUGGAGACUCAGAGACUUCGUCGUGUCCAGCAGCUUAAUUCUUGACUUAUUUUCUUCUUGUUUUGGUUUUUUUUUUCUUUUUUUUAAGUGGAUUCGUAGCAUUACUUUUGCGAAUUGAAUUUUGCCACCGUUUGUACAGAAGCCAAAUGACACGUGUGUUUUGAAACACGGUUCCAAAUAUAUUUAUCCCUCCCUCGACCCGGAUUCUCUCUAGAAAGAGCCGCGGGGAGGUCGUCAGUGUCUAAACAAACCUGAUUUUAGUGUUUUCUGAACACUACCUGCUGCAGAGAUGUUGCUAUAAAUUGCUUUAUAACGGUUCAGCAAGAAGGGAGAUUUUUUUUUUUUUUUCCAGCUUGCAGGACCCAGGAAACUGGAUACUUAAAAGUCACUUAAAUGUUUUAACAGCGUUGGAAAAUGGGAGCUGCUACUAAGUUGGCGUUCGCUGUUUUUCUUAUCUCUUGUUCAUCAGGUGCCAUCCUCGGCAGGUCAGAGACCCAGGAGUGCAUCUACUACAACGCCAACUGGGAGAAGGAUAAAACCAACCGGAGCGGGAUCGAGCCUUGUUACGGGGACAAAGAUAAGAGGAGACACUGCUUUGCCACGUGGAAGAACAUUUCUGGCUCCAUUGAGAUCGUGAAGCAGGGCUGCUGGCUGGAUGACAUCAACUGCUAUGACAGGAAUGAUUGCAUCGAGAAGAAGGACAGCCCUGAGGUGUUUUUCUGUUGCUGCGAGGGCAACAUGUGCAACGAGCGCUUCUUCUACUUCCCGGAGAUGGAGGUGACCCAGCCCACUUCCAACCCCGUGACCCCGAAGCCCCCUCUGUUCAACACCCUGCUGUAUUCCUUGGUGCCUAUCAUGGGAAUUGCAGUGAUUGUGCUCUUUUCCUUCUGGAUGUACAGACACCACAAGCUGGCCUAUCCCCCAGUGCUGGUGCCCACCCAGCAUGCCUUUCAUAUAAUGAUCGAGGAUCCUGGGCCUCCCCCACCGUCCCCACUGAUGGGUCUGAAGCCUCUGCAGCUCCUGGAGAUCAAAGCCAGGGGCAGGUUUGGGUGUGUGUGGAAAGCUCAGCUCCUCAAUGAAUACGUGGCAGUGAAAAUAUUCCCCAUCCAGGACAAGCAGUCGUGGCAGAACGAGUACGAGAUCUACAGCCUGCCGGGCAUGAAGCACGAGAACAUCCUGCAGUUCAUCGGCGCCGAGAAGAGGGGCAGCAGCAUCGACGUGGACCUCUGGCUCAUCACGGCCUUCCACGAGAAGGGCUCCCUGACGGAUUUCCUGAAGGCCAACGUGGUGUCGUGGACGGAGCUGUGCCACAUCGCGCAGACCAUGGCGCGGGGCCUGGCCUACCUGCACGAGGACAUCCCGGGGCUCAAGGACGGCCACAAACCCGCCAUCUCCCACAGGGACAUCAAAAGCAAGAACGUGCUGCUGAAGAACAACCUCACUGCCUGCAUUGCUGAUUUCGGGCUGGCUCUGAAGUUCGAGGCUGGGAAAUCUGCAGGAGACACCCACGGGCAGGUGGGCACCCGGCGGUACAUGGCCCCGGAGGUCCUGGAAGGCGCCAUCAACUUCCAGAGGGACGCGUUCCUGAGGAUCGACAUGUACGCCAUGGGACUGGUGCUCUGGGAACUGGCCUCGCGCUGCACGGCCUCCGACGGCCCCGUGGAUGAGUACAUGCUGCCCUUUGAGGAGGAGAUUGGCCAGCACCCCUCCCUGGAGGACAUGCAGGAGGUGGUGGUCCAUAAAAAGAAGAGGCCUGUCCUGAGGGAGUGUUGGCAGAAACAUUCUGGAAUGGCGAUGCUGUGCGAGACCAUCGAGGAGUGCUGGGAUCACGACGCCGAGGCGCGGCUCUCCGCCGGCUGCGUGGAGGAGAGGAUCAUCCAGAUGCAAAAACUGACUAACAUUAUAACCACAGAGGACAUCGUGACUGUGGUCACAAUGGUGACGAACGUGGACUUUCCUCCCAAAGAAUCCAGUCUAUGAUAGUUGCACUGGUCAUGGAAGUGACCGCGGGACUCUUGGGCGGAGCUGCUCCGGCGCGCGGGCUGCCGGCGUCGCUGCCGUGCCGGCGGGAAGAGCGGAUGGUAAGUCUCUCUGGAACAUCACCAAGAGGUGUUUCUCCUUUGUUUGCCCCUUCCUCCUCCCCGGCGUGGAUCCAUGAGACUUCCUGCAUUCCCUGCUCACACCUGAAGGACGUGACCGGACCCCUCACGUGCCGACGAGGGACUCACAUGAAGAAUAUGGACCUGUCGGGGCUUAACGAGCGUUUUAAACACUGACACCCGAUUUCUUAAUCCCUGGCAGAAGAGACUAAUUCCUUAAACGAACUGCUGUUAUUUUUUUUAAAUUCAAGAAAAAGAAAAAAAAAAAAAAAAAAAAAA